AUGGCUACUCUCAAUUCGGAUUCGCUGGAUUCGUUCCCCAGCAAUCUGGGCUCUCUCCUCGCUCACAAGCCUGUCUUCGAUUUAGUCUCCUGGGGCAUCAAAGCAUUCUAUCUUCUGAGCGCAUUCGCAAUUCUUCUAGUUCGCUUCACGCCAGAUCUCAGGCGACGCUUCCUAGACUAUGGCGCUCGUGCUCAAAAUGCUUCCGAGACGUCAGAAAGUCCCAAGGGCGACCGCAGACGAACAAUUGAAAGGUCUUCGGCCGCUUCGCAGCUUCUCGACUCCUUGGCCAAGCUGACUGUUCCGCACACUUGGUUUACUCACUUCUACAUUCUAUCUGUGCUCUGUUCAAGUUUGCAAUUUCACCAUCAGAUCAGAAUCCACAUGUCUCAACGUGCCCGCGUCGCUUCAUUCUGCUUGCUGCUUCAAAGUUCUAGAAGGCUGGUCGAAUGCCUGACCUACAACCGAAAGAGCAAGUCUCGAAUGUGGAUCGGUCAUUAUUUCAUCGGCAUAGCUUUCUAUCUUUUCACCAACAUAACUCUCCUCCUUGAUGGAGUUGGUUGGGCCGAUUGGAAUCACCCGGAUAUCGGUGAGCGAUUCAAUUCGAUGGGAGCAACGGAGUGGGCAUUUGCCGCUUUUAUUUCGCAAGCAUUUAUCAGUCAGGCAAAAUCACAUUACUACCUAUUUACACUCGAGAAAUACACUUUGCCCGAUGAGCUCGGCUUCAAACAUUGGAUCGCUCCUCAUUACAUGGCAGAAUGCACAUUCUAUGGGUCACUUAGUGUCAUUGCGGCUCCGCCCGAUCGCAUCCUGAAUUGGAACCUAUUCUGCGCAUUCAUCUUUGUGGUGGUAAAUCUUAGUGUCACUGCUGAGGGGACCAAGCGGUGGAUGCUGUCAAAGUUCCCUGAUCGCAGACAUGAAAUACAAUCAAGACGGAAUGUAUACAUCCUGCGGUAA